AUGGGGGCGGCUGCAGCUGCAGCUCUAGCAGAUGAUGAUAAGGGUCAAAAACCAGAUGCAAGAGAGGCAGAAGACCUGAGCUCGCGGCUGCAGGCCAGUAAACAGCGAGUGUCUGAGCUCGAGAGGACGCUAUCUACAGUCUCUACACAACAGAAGCAGUUUGAGAAGCAUAAUAAAGAGCUUGAGAAGGAGCGGGACAGUCUACGAUUGGAAGUCUUCCGGUUUAGUAAUGUGAGCGAGGAGUCCAGACAGCAGAGCUCAGAGCUGUCCGAGCAUCUCAAGCUGAGAGUAAAUGAGAACAACGGCUUGAAGCAGGAGGUUGAUGAGCUCCGUAAGCGGCUGGAGAUGGCCGACAGCAUGCUGCAGCAGUUCUCCAGUCAGACGGGUUCUCCGUCUGAGCACCAGCAGGUCCAGCUCCUGCUGGAAGAAAAGCACCAGAUAGAAGCUCACACGGCUCAGCUGAUGGAGUCGGUGGCUCAGCUGCAGGUGGAGAGAGAUCAGUACGCUGUACAGAUACAGGAGGAGGGACACGCGUGGAAGGACAAAACAGAACAGCUUCUGUCUCAGGUAAACAAACACACUCGCAUACAAUAUUGCAAAAAAAAAAUUUUUGCAAUAUAUAAAUACACUACCGACUUUGCAAUCAAGAUCCCAGGGGCAUCUCUGCAGUUUCACGUCAUUGAGGGAUGA